GGCGGUAUACAGUAAAUGGAAAGGCAGACUAUUAUAAGCUUUAACAUUUAGGAAACAACAUAGAAACAAAACCAAAUAUGAUUGCCAUAAAUGCAGUAUGUAAAGUCUAGAAAACUUGAAGUAACAAAAGAAGAAUGAGUUGAAUUAGGAACUGUUUCUGAAUCAGUAAAAUUUGAAAUGGACUUCGGAGGCACUGGAUUAGAGUCACAAAGAGGCAGGGACUACAGAGUUAGAUGAAACUUGGUUCAUAUCUUGGUUGAGGUCUAUACUAUGUGACCUUGGACAAUGUACUUCAUCCUUAUCUAUAAAAUAUGUGUGAGUAUUCAAGUAAAUGUUAGGAGUAAAGAAAAGAUCUUCCAGGCGGAAAGUAUAGAAUGUACAGUAUGAAUGACAAAGUUGUGUUUGUCGGAAUAAAAGAGAGUGACUGCAGGGAAUGUGGGUUGGUCAAGUCCUGGGUAGAGCAAGCAAGAGGGUGGAGGAGACUCAGUGGCCAGACUCUGUUGUGUGUUGAUAGAAGGGUCAAUAGAGUCAUUGUAGGUCCUUGAACAAAGGAUGGAUUUAAUAAGGAGUAUCGAGCCUUCUGGUUCAGGAACUCAGGGACAAGGAAUCAGGCAGGCACCGGUACAUUGUGACUCCUGCUUCUCUUCUGGACCAUCCUGGCUUAAAAGGAUCAGCCAGGAGACAUAAGAUUCCUUGUAGAAGUUUUUGUAUUCGUGCACCUUACUCACUAUGCUGAGCUCUGCUUGUGUUUGUCUCCCAUUGUACCGAUCUGUGGGGAAGUCUCAAGACUAUGGCAGGAUUCUCCUCAAGAGCUUAUGGGAGAAGGAAAAGCAGAGACCUGUCACCCUGAAAACUUGGCCUGGUGCUAUGUCAUCCUGAAGAAUUGCCUAUAUUGCUUUGACCAACUGUGUGGUGGCAAGAAAGUGUAACAGGAUUUGUCACAUGUUUGACCUGCGAGGCUUACAGUGCAUUCUACUGGAAGCAUCUUUCUACAGAGGAAACAGCUUAUCUCAGAUUGUUGGUGGAGGCUUGAAUUUUGAUCUAUGACCUCCCUACAUCCAUUGCCUGAAAGUACUUAAUGAUCACAUGACCCUGGACAUGGAUGCUGUCCUGUCAGAUUUUGUUCGUUCCACAGGAGCCGAGCCAGGACUGGCCCGAGAUCUCCUGGAAGGAAAGAAUUGGGAUGUAAGUGCCGCCCUCAGUGAUUUUGAACAGUUACGUCAGGUCCAUGCUGGGAUCCUGCCCCAAUCCUUUAGUGAAGGGAGUGGUGCCUCCAGGAACCCUGAGAAAGGGUUUUCUGAUAGAGAGUGUACUCGCCCUCCCCGACCUACUCUACAGCGGCAGGAUGACAUCGUUCAAGAAAAACGCCUGUCUAGGGGCAUCUCCCACGCCAGCUCCAGCAUUGUUUCCCUGGCCCGGUCCCAUGUCUCCAAUGGUGGGGGUGGGGGGAGCAGUGAGCACCCCCUGGAAAUGCCCAUCUGUGCCUUCCAGCUUCCAGAUCUCACUGUGUACAAUGAAGACUUCCGCAGCUUCAUAGAGAGAGACCUCAUUGAACAGUCCAUGCUGGUUGCCUUGGAACAGGCAGGGCGUUUGAACUGGUGGGUGAGUGUAGACCCCACCUGUCAGAGGCUGCUUCCUUUGGCAACUACUGGAGAUGGAAACUGCCUUCUACAUGCAGCCUCUCUUGGGAUGUGGGGUUUCCACGAUCGGGACUUGAUGCUGCGGAAAGCUUUGUAUGCACUGAUGGAAAAGGGAGCUGAGAAGGAAGCACUGAAACGACGCUGGAGGUGGCAACAAACACAGCAGAAUAAAGAGUCAGGGCUGGUAUACACAGAGGAUGAAUGGCAGAAGGAAUGGAACGAGCUGAUCAAGCUUGCCUCAAGUGAACCCCGGAUGCAUCUAGGUACAAAUGGAGCCAACUGUAGUGGGGUGGAGAGUUCAGAGGAGCCUGUAUAUGAGAGUCUAGAAGAAUUCCAUGUCUUUGUCCUUGCCCAUGUGCUUAGGAGGCCCAUAGUCGUCGUGGCAGACACCAUGCUGAGGGACUCUGGGGGAGAAGCAUUUGCCCCUAUUCCCUUUGGGGGAAUCUAUCUGCCCUUGGAGGUCCCCGCCAGCCAGUGUCACCGCUCCCCUCUGGUGCUCGCCUACGAUCAGGCCCACUUUUCUGCACUUGUGUCCAUGGAGCAGAAGGAGAAUGGCAAGGAACAAGCUGUGAUCCCACUUACAGAUUCAGAGCAUAAGCUGCUGCCCUUGCACUUUGCUGUGGACCCUGGAAAGAGCUGGGAGUGGGGCAAAGAUGACAGUGACAAUGUCCGAUUAGCCAGUGUAAUCUUGUCCCUGGAGGUCAAAUUGCAUCUGCUGCAUAGCUACAUGAACGUGAAGUGGAUCCCAGUGUCCUCUGAUGCGCAGGCUCCCCUGGCCCAGCCUGAGUCCCCCACUGCCUCAGCAGGAGAUGAGCCCCGGUCCACUCCUGAGUCUGGCGAAUCAGACAAGGAGUCAGUUGGCAGCAGUUCCACCAGCAAUGAGGGCAGCAAGCGGAAAGAAAAAUCAAAACGAGAUCGGGAGAAGGACAAGAAGAGGACAGAUUCUGUGGCUAACAAACUGGGCAGCUUUGGCAAAACCUUGGGCAGCAAGCUCAAGAAGAACAUGGGAGGCUUGAUGCACAGCAAGGGUUCUAAGCCUGGAGGGAUGGGAACAGGGUCAGGAGUGAGCAGUGGCACCGAGACACUGGAGAAGAAGAAGAAAAACUCGCUGAAGAGCUGGAAGGGUGGCAAAGAGGAGGCAGCUGGGGAUGGGCCUGUGUCUGAGAAGCCUAUAUCUGAGUCUGUGGGUAAUGGAGGAAGCAAGUAUAGCCAGGAGGUGAUGCAAAGCCUGAGCAUCAUGAGGACUGCCAUGCAAGGGGAGGGGAAGUUUAUUUUUGUUGGAACCCUGAAGAUGGGUCACCGUCACCAGUAUCAGGAGGAGAUGAUCCAGCGCUACCUUGCUGAUGCUGAGGAGAGAUUCCUGGCAGAGCAGAAGCAGAAGGAGUCAGAGAGGAAGAUCAUGAAUGGAGGGGUAGGAAGUGGGCCUCCUCCAGCCAAAAAGCCAGAGCCAGAUGGUGGGGAGGAGCUGCUGACUGCCUCCCAAACAGAGUCCAAGGCCAUGGCAUUUUCUACUGGCUACCCUGGGGGCUUUACAAUCCCUCGGCCUUCUGGGGGUGGAGUUCACUGCCAGGAACCCCGGAGGCAGUUGGCAGGGGGUCCGUGUGGGGGUGGCCUACCACCAUAUGCCACCUUCCCUAGACAGUGCCCUCCUGGGCGACCCUACCCCCAUCAGGACAGCAGCCUUUCUCUGGAGCCAGGCAGUCACUCCCAGGAUGGAGUUCAUAGGGGUACAUUGUUACCACCCCACUUCCGUGUGGCUGAUUCCUAUAGCAACGGCUACCAAGAGCCCCCUGAGCCAGAUGGAUGGGCUGGAGGGCCCAGGGGGCUUCCCACAACCCAGACCAAAUGCAAACAACCGAACUGCAGCUUCUAUGGACACCCUGAGACAAACAACUUCUGCUCCUGCUGUUACAGGGAAGAACUGAGGAGGAAGGAACGGGAACCGGGUGGGGAGCUGCUCGUGCACAGGUUCUGAAUGAAGGGACCUUGGAGGGCAAGGGGGUAAACCAAGAAAGUUAAGCUCAACUAAUUGGCUCAUCAAGACCCAGCCCCCAUACUGAUGGGGCAAAUGCAGUAAUGUUUGUGGGAGCCUGGCUAGAAACUUUUAAGAGUGUGGGUGCUGGAGAGUUGCCAGGCUGGCAAGCGCAGGUCAGGGCUGGACGGUGCCUCAAGGGCUGCACUAGUCCUUUGCAGAUCUUAACUUGAUGGGACUGAGGAGGUACAAAGGAGAAAGAUGGUGAUUCUAUCUCAUAACCCCUUGGGUCCAUGAAAGCAGUAGGGGCAGGUUUGGUAUGUGGGGAAGGGGAGAUGGUUAGCCAUCUGGGAAAGAAGGCAAAGGUGGUUCUCAGUCAAUAAAAGAAAAAAACAGACCAAAGUUCUUUUAGGUUGAAAGAAGUGCAUGGUGGUGGAGUUGGGAGUGUGGAGAGAAAUUGGGAAAUUAAGACAAAUUGGCCAUUGAUUUGAAUUAAGAUGGAAAUUAGGGUUGGAUAAAUUCUUCCUCCUGAAGAAUCUGGAAAGACAGAGCAGUAAUGUAUGCUCAUAGAUGCCUAUUAGGAGGGAGGUAGUUUAAAUGGGUUUGUUGAGAUGGAGAAGGAACGAACUUAAAAGGGGAAGCCUUUUCCUCUUAAGUUUUAUUUCCUUCUAAACACCAUCUGUCAUCUGUUCUAGUUUGAGGAGAUUGUUGAUUGCCCCCUAUCUUUUCCUCAUCCUUUUUGAGGGCUGAACGCAGCUAAAUUAAGGUUGUGAUCUUUUUAAAAAAGACUUUAAUUUUAUUUUUUUUAAAAGUUCCCUCUGGGGAAGGGAAGAGAGUGAUGAGAAGAGCAGCUGUGUGUCUUGAAUUUUCUCCAGGUGAACUGGUACAGAGGUGAUCUUUUUUUAACUACUUAGCAAUAACUAUAUAUUGGGGUUUGAGUGUGCCUUGGGAGGGGUGGGAGAAGGAUAGACCUUUGGCCAGACUGUUUCAAACAAAACCAAAAACCUAAAUAGAGCACUACCAUCCUCUGCUGCUGCAUUUCUGUAGAAAGCAACUUAUUUUUCUUUUUUUUAAGGAAAAGAAACAAAAGACCCCAGCAAGCAAAAACAUUUUUAAAAACAAAUUUUUUCCUAUUUAAGUGAUUCUUUCUCCUUCCUCUCUGUUUUUGGAGAAUGAACUUAACAUCCCGGCUUCUUUUGUUAAGCCAUAGCUGACCUUAAUCUGUGGUUAGUUUAUUAAAAUAAAAUACUUUGUAAGAAGAGAUAUUUUUUAUAAUUGGACUGAAGUUGAAAAAUGGGGUAUAGGCUGGAGCAAUUUAUAAAAAGUUAGAGAAAUCUAUUUUAGUGAACUGUAACCACAGAUCACAGAUUACUCCCAAUGAGAUGAUCUGUCUUUGGAGUUCCUCCUUUCCCUGACCCUACCCUUUUCCCCAGGGGGUGGGAGUGGGCCUGUGGACACAGUGUGGAGGAGCUCCUUUGCAUUUUGCACAAAGCACAAGUCUGGACAGCCUACGCUCUGGCCAGCACCAUUUUUAAGAGCUUUAAACCAGAGGACCUAACCUAGGCCAAUUUUCCUUUUACUUUUCUUUUUCUGGGAAAACUUCAACUAUGCAAUUGUAUACACUCCUGGGUACA